UACGCCCCCCGCGCAAUGCGCCCUCCACGCAAACCUCGCGCGGAGGCUCCGCCCCAGACCCCGCCCCAGUUUCUGAGUGGUUGCGCCGCGCGUCAGUCUGCGCUCGGGGCGGGAGCACGGACGGCUGUCUGGGUAGCUGAACUCCAGACUGCUGCUGCGAAGAAGCUAGCUGGGCGCCGGGCUGUAGCAGAGGGUGUGCGCGGGUGGAGGCGCGCAUCCCGCAUGGAGGCGCCGAGGAGCGCGCCGCGGGAGCGGGAGCGCGCUCGGACCACCUCAGGAAGUGACCAAGCUCACUCUUGGAUACUAGUUACAAGCCAAGUCGUCAGCGUGGCCUGGAGAGCAGCAAGGGUCUCUGCGAUGACGGCGCUCUCUCUUCUGUCGGCUGCCCUCAGCUACUUCAGAAGCCUCUAUUUAUACCUAGGGCAUCGGCUGAAAUGGUGGAUUGGCUAUCUACAGAGAAAGUUCAAAAGGAACCUCAGUGUGGAGGCAGAAGUAGAUUUAUUCAGUUAUUGUGCAAGAGAAUGGAAGGGAGAAACCCCGCGUGCCAGACUGAUGAGGAAGGCCUAUGAGGAGUUGUUCUGGAGGCACCACAUCAAAUGUGUCCGCCCAGUGAAAAGGGAUAACUACGACGCUCUCAGGUCUGUGUUGUUCCAGAUCUUCAGCCAAGGCCUCUCCUUCCCGUCAUGGAUGAAGGAAAAAGACAUCGUUAAGCUUCCUGAAAAACUGCUCUUUUCUCAAGGCUGUAACUGGAUCCAGCAGUACAGUUUCGGGCCUGAGAAGUACACAGGUUCCAAUGUGUUUGGAAAGUUACGGAAAUGUGUGGAGCUACUGAAACUGCAGUGGACUGAGUUUAGCGGGAUGAGAGAUUACCACAAGAGAGGGAGCAUGUGCAACAGCCUCUUCUCCGAUGCCAUCCUGGAGUGUAAACUGUACGAAGCUUUGAAGUUCCUCAUGCUCUACCAGGUCACCGAAGUGUACGAGCAAAUGAAGACCAACAAGAUUAUCCCCAGCCUUUUCCGACUCCUGUUUUCCCGGGAGUCUUCAUCGGAUCCUUUGAGCUUCAUGAUGAACCACCUGAAUUCCGUAGGCGACACAUGUGGCUUGGAUCAGAUCGACAUGUUUAUACUCGGGUAUUCUCUUCAAGUGAAGAUAAAAGUGUUCCGACUGUUCAAGUUUAACUCCAGAGACUUUGCAGUCUGCUACCCCGAGGAGCCUCUCAGGGAGUGGCCAGAGAUCUCCCUGCUGACAGAGAACGGUCACCAGUACCACAUUCCCGUCUUUUAAGUCUGCCUUGGACUGAACACCAGCUCUUCUCAGCGACAGUGGGCACACUUGGCAGAAAAGCACUUCUGAAAAACCCACGGUAGUGCUUCAGCCAAGGAGGGCUCCAAGACGGGUGGGGAGAGCCAGGGUGGUGCGCCUUCUGUCUGAGGUCCUCAAGAGCGGCGCACACUGGGGCUGGGUGGGUUGGCGUUGUCCAUUGAGGGGUCCGCUGGGUUGGGUCUUUCAGACAUCGGGAAGCUUGAUAUGGACAAAAAUUGGAAGGGACACAGCCUCAGCAGCAGGAAUUUUUAAAUCUGUGAUCUUCAUGUUCUUUGGUAAGAAUCUCUCUGUGGAUUUGGAACAAUUAUAAAUAAACAGGGCCAAGUUUUACAAGCAUUACCCUCCUGGGGGGGUCUUUGUUGUUUACUAAUUUUCCAGAACAGUCUGAUUAAUGUUAAAAUACUGUGUGUGUGUUUAUGUACAUGUCUGUUUAUAUAGACACACACAUGUAAGUAUUCAUAUAUGUAUGUACACCGCAAAUGACCUCUGUUUGUAAUAUUUACAGUUUCUUUAUAUCUCUACUGUUUUUGGUAUUCUUGUAUCUGUCCAGCUUAAAUCAAUUUAUUUAAAUAAAGGGAGAUAAAGUGUAUGGAUUUGGGCAACUGUAUAUUUUUUGAGCUGCAAUAAAAAUAUUAAACUAUG